AUGCCUGGUGCAAUCCUCACCGAGAUCAAUCGAUUGCUCAAGCCAUUUUUGGCCGACCUAGCUCACCGCAAUAUCGCUCCUUACAAUACGCCACAAGUCUCACCCAACUACUAUACCCACUUUUACGCCUACCUGGGUCCAGCCCCCUACGGCUACGAUGCUUUCUAUCCCUUCACUAACAGCCGUAUCGUCCCCCGAUCACUUGUGACAAACUCUACCGCAAAUGCUGUGGUCACAGACCCUUUUCGCAAUGUUACUCUUGUGGAAGCCUUCUCUCCCUUCUACUACGAUAGUUUCACUGUCGCUACCCAAUCCCAUCCGGAUAACUUGUUGCAUCCCGCGUGGCGCGAUGGAAUGCUUCUUUGUGCUCCUGCGGAGAGCUGGGACUGGAAGGCGACGCCAGAGGAAAUGACGGCGCGGGAUGAGUAUGCUGCUAAAACGCUGCAGCCGAUGAUGGAUAAGGCGACACUGGGUGGUAUGGUCUAUCUGAAUGAAGCCAAUCAUAUGUACGCAGAUUGGAAGGAGACCUUCUACGGAAAUAAGUACGAGAGACUGCUGAGUGUCAAGAACAAGUACGGCCCACAGCAGUUAUUGUAUAUGAAGACUGGAGUGGGAAGUGACCGGUGGGAUGAAGACGGAAAUGGGCGCUUAUGUAGACAUUGA